AAGCACAGCAGAUUGAAUGGCAUUUUUCAAACUUUUGUCGAUCCUCAAUCAGACUGUCGAAUUCAUUGCUUAAAUGGAGGUUUCUGUGCAUAUUUAGUGGAUAAUCCAACAGUGCAUACAUGCCUUUGUUUAUUAGAUUUAUUCCAUGGUGACCGAUGUCAAUAUUCAGUCAAUUAUAAAGGAUCGAAUAGGCGGUGUUUUAGAUUAGACUGUCUUGAGAAACGAAAGAAAAUUCGACUUCUCGUCCUCGAAAAGAGAACAAAAAAUUUGUAUAAGCCAUUUUUAUCGCCAAGUGGCAUAGAGCUAACCAUUUAUUCAUUUAAUCUAACUUUCUUGCUUUUUCGCCUUGAAUAA